AAUAAUUACCUUCAUGAAGUACUGAACAAGUGGAGGGAGUGAAAAGCAAGUGAGGAGGUGGAGUCGUGUUCAGAGAGGGAGGAAAAGCCAGCAGAAGAGCAGGAAAAAAGAAAAACCACCAGACACAACAACAUCGGGGGGAGGACGGUGGAUUAACUGCCAACUGAAGCAAUUCAAAUUAAGAGAAGCGCCGCUGUGAAGAAGGGAGGACAGCAAGAUGAUAACGCCCUAUUUCCUGGAAAAUUUCUGGGGCGAUAAAAACAAUGGAUUUGAUGUACUGUACCACAACAUGAAACAUGGCCAGAUAUCCAGCAAGGAGCUAUCAGAUUUCAUCAGAGAAAGAGCCACCAUAGAGGAGGCGUAUUCAAGAUCAAUGACCAAACUGGCCAAGACCGCCAGCAACUGCUCUCAGCUAGGGACGUUUGCGCCGGUGUGGGAUGUGUUUAAACAGUCCACCGAAAAACUGGCAGCAUGUCACAUGGAGCUGGUCCGCAAACUUCAAGAGCUCAUCAAGGAAGUCCAGAAAUAUGUGGAGGAACAAGCCAAAAAUCAUAAGAAGACAAAGGAGGAGGUGGCGUCCACGCUGGAGGCUGUGCAGAACAUCCAGAGUGUGUCACAGGCCUUACAGAAGAGCAAAGAGAACUAUAUCAACAAGACACUAGAGCAAGAACGCAUGCGCAAAGAGGGGGCCACACAGAGAGACCUGGACAAGGCUGGACUGAAGGUCAAGAAAGCCACAGAGACCUACAAGUCAUAUGUGGAGAAAUAUGCCAAUGCAAAGACAGAAUUUGAGCAAAGAAUGACAGAAACCGCACAGAAAUUCCAGGGCAUUGAAGAGGAGCAUGUACUGCGUAUGCAGGAGAUUAUCCAUUCAUACUGUCAGUCUGUUGAAGAGACACACAUACAGAUAGGAGAGGUCCAAGAAGAGUUUGUGAAAAACAUGGAGAACACUUCCGUUGAGAGCCUCAUACAGAAACUGGCAGAAAGCAAAGGAACCGGCAAAGAGAGACCAGGGCCCAUUGAAUUCGAGGAAUGUAAUGUCUCAAUCGCCACAGAAGGUGCAAAACCCAGAAAAAGGAAAACCUUUACCAUACCAGGCCGACGAAAAGAUAAAGACACAGAUUCCACUGAAUCGACUGAAGUAGAAGCAGUUAACGCUUCCAAUGGAGCUCCCCCGGGUUUCUACGGUGCUAUAGAUCUUCAUAACGCCAAUGUGCCUCAGCUGGACGAGGAGGGCUUCUGUAUCCGACCAGAAGUCAACGAGAAUGAUGCCAAAGAGAACUCCUUUUAUUCAUCCAGUGACUCAGAAGAUGAGGACGAGCCAAGAAAAUUCCACGUCCAGAUCAAACCCGUGCAGACAAACAACGGCACACACCAGCACAAAGCCACCAUCGACGAGCUGAAGGCCUCCAUUGGAAACAUCUCGCUCUCGCCCACCCCUGCCGUUCAUAUGAAGAAGAACCAAUCCAGUGAUGAACUGGCACGACCCAAGAUACCGCAGACAUCCUUUAAUGAUAGAUUAGCCAAUAAUGACCUGCUGUCUUUGGAUCCAUUUGGCCCGACCAGCACCAGCUCCAGCUCCUCUAUACCCCACUCAUCAGAAGUGGAUUUACAGUCGGAGCCCACCUCUCCUUCAGCAGUCAGUCUUGAGAUUACCGAGGCUCCUGCUUUUCCCCUUCCCUCCAAACUCCCUCCUCCUGCCGGUCUUGCCAAGCCGUGCACUCCGCCGUUCCCUGUUCUCUCCUCUCCUUGGGAGCUCCCUGAUGAGGCUGUCGCUCCCCUCCACCCUGGCCCAGCUCGAGCUAUGAGUGUGCCUCCAGCUCUGCAGGCUGCUCCUAAGGACUAUGCUACCCACAAGCCCCCUCUCAGUGCUCCCGUCACUGGUCCAGACGCAUUUUCGUCCUGGGCCCAGAGCCAAUGGAUUGCUUUUAAUGAUGCCUUUGUGCCAUGUCGUGGACUGUCUCAUCAACCAGCAAGGCCUCGGUCAGUGCCCGUUUCUCAACAGUCCAAGCUUUUCUCCAGAGAGCCUGUUGACACAUUUGACCGCUUUGGGAGAGAGGAGAGUGCCCCCUCUCUAAAGGAAGCACCAGCUCGACCCAUGCAGUAUGUACUACCUCCAAACAGGCCAACCACUCCCCUGGGCACAGCAACCAUUGUCCCGCCUCCAAGACCAUUAUCCCGGCCCAAACUGCCUGCAGGCAAACUGAUGGGCAUCAAUGAGGCUGGCCGACCGUUCAGCCCUCCUAAGAUGUCCAACUCCAGCCCUCCUCCCGCUGCUCCUCUGGCUCGUGCCGAGAGCUCCUCCUCUCUCAGCUCCAACACCUCCUUGAGCACCAGCAACACACCAACUGUCGAGGACGAUCUGUUCGUGGGGAAACUGCCCACAUUUGAGAAGAGAUGUGAGACUCCUGCAGGGACCUCUCGUGGGCCCAGUCCAGUGACACUGGCUUCCCAGGAUGCAUUGCCCAUUGCGGUAGCAUUCACAGAAUCAGUUAAUGCCUAUUUCAAAGGAGCAGAUCCCAGCAAGUGCAUUGUGAAGAUCACAGGAGACAUGACCUUGUCCUUCCCCAGUGGCAUCAUUAAGAUUUUCACCUCUACUCCGUCUCCUGCUGUACUCGGCUUCAAACUCUCAAACACUAGCAGAUUAGAGCAAAUCAUGCCCAACCAGCAACUACUGCACAGUGACUCCUCCCAGAGCGACACAAACACUAAAGACUUUUGGCUGAACAUGCCUGCACUGACAGCGUACCUCAGGAAGAGCUCUGAGCAGAACCCUGCUGCAUCCUAUUACAACGUGGACAUCUUAAAGUACCAGGUAUGUUCAAAUGGGAUUCAGUCAACUCCUCUGAACCUUGUGGUGUACUGGAAAUGCACUCCUAGUACUACAGACCUGCGAGUGGACUACCGAUACAACCCAGAGUCCAUGCAGCCCCCCGCAGCUCUCACCAAUUUACAGAUGUUAGUGCCCGUCAAUGGAGGCGUCACAAACAUGCAGUCACUUCCCAAUGCCAUCUGGUGAGUUGGAGGGAGUAGGCACACAAAUAUACAAACACACAAUUUAUCUUGUGAUAAAAACACUGCUGUA